AUGCGUCCAACUCCUAUUUCGUAUCGUGCCAAGCCUUCGUUCCAGCCUCACGUUGGCCGAUUCACUCCUGCUGCGGUAUUCAAGUGGGCCCCAUCUUUGGCGCUCUGGGGUGGUGCAGGAGCCGGUGCAGUGAUGCUCUUCAUGUCGAGCGUUCCGCUUUUCAAAAAGGACAUCCUGAUCAAGCUCCCCGUCAUCGCACCUUACUUCGAAGACAAGACCCAUCCUGCCGACAACGCUUUCUAA